AUGAAGGAAGAGUCAACCGGGUGCCAAGGCCAGCUACCAGGGGCAUGGUUCUAUGAGAUGGGCGACGACGCAUCCGCAUCACCCACGUACGAUCUCGAUGAAAUGGCACCAUUUCGAGGAAUUCUCGGUUCGAGGAACUGCUCAGAAAGUGUCGAAGUGCCAAGCAGUGAGCAUGUCGCGGAAAUCGUCGGCAGACAAGGAUGCAAGAUCAAAGCUCUCCGAGCGAAGACCAACACCUACAUCAAAACGCCAAUACGAGGCGAGGACCCAGUCUUUGUGGUUACUGGCAAGGCGGAAGACGUACUCGAAGCGAAAAGGGAAAUUGAGUGUGCUGCUGAGCACUUCACGCAAAUUCGAGCCAGCCGACAUAAAAUUGUUCCAGGUGGAGCACCUGCACCCGGGCAUGUUACUUUGUACGUUCGUGUUCCACUUCGAGUUGUAGGAUUGGUCGUUGGACCGAAAGGAGCGACGAUCAAAAGGAUUCAGCAAGACACUCACACAUAUAUCAUCACGCCCAGUCGUGAAAGAGAACCAAUCUUUGAGGUCACCGGAUUGCCACAGAACGUUGAGGCAGCCCGUAAAGAAAUAGAACAACACAUUUAUCAACGCACUGGAAAUAUGCCCAUGACAGAUCCAGAGGCGUCUAUCACUCAGUACUCAAAUAUGCAAGUAAGACAACUUGCUGUAUUCGGAGCUAUAAGUAAUGCUUUGAGAAGUUAUCCACAAACAACGAAACCGUCGUCAUAUUCUGCUGGGGGAUCUCCACCAGCGGUAUCUCCAUCAUUCUUUGGUUCAUCGUCUUCGAGUACGACUUCAACUGCUUUCCAACCGUGGUCUAACAACCUGUACACGGGACUAGGAUUGAAUGAAACUUCUGGUAAGUUCCUUCAUAACUUGGUUUUACGUUGA